AUACGAGUAACCAAUUAGCCGGACAAUCAACAUUCGGUAGGAAAUCGGGCGUUAAUAGUUACUUCACUUACUUGUAUUACUUAUAGAAAACGGGCCUGAUCUAAAGAGUCCGCUAAUCAGUGAUCUUCUGAUUUCAAUCUCCUACCAAAAAAGGAAAUCCCUAAAACUGGAAAUCAAAGUGAGCUCAGAAAUAUGGCGAUUUCCAAAUGGAUCAUAUUUCCUGCUCUACUAUGGCUUCUCGCUCUCUUCGGAUUCUUACUUCUUAUUCUGAAUUUGCAUCUUGUCAAAUCCAAUUUCUGUUUGAUUCAAAAAAAUAUACAAAAGAUUGUAAAUUUGUCAACUUAUGGUAAUCAUUUAAGUGAUCCCGGGUCACCUCAAUUGCAAAAAACUAGCGAUCCGCUCGUUAAAAGUGAGGUUUUAGGGACUAAUGAUGAGGGGAAGGUGUCGGAUGGAGGAUUGAAAGAAGUGACUCACCGGGUUUUCUUUGAUGUCGAAAUCGAUGGGAAGUUUUUAACAUAUACAUUUGAGAAAUGUUUGAAUUCUUGAUGAGGUUUUGAGGUGUUUUAUGAGAAAUGUAGCUGCUGGUUUAAGAAAAAUAACAAAGGAAAAGAGAAAAGAGGUUCAAAUUGUUAUUGCAUUAGAAAUUUAGAAUGGUUACUCGUGAUCAUAAUAGCUUAGUGAAAGAUUUUGUUUGAAAGGUGUGGAUUUUGUCUGCAAGUAUUCGCUGGACGUGUUGGUUUUUGCUUAAAAACUAGCAAUCUGGCAUAUAAUGUUAUUCUGUUGCAAAAUAAUUCACAGUUCUGACAGUUCAUAGCAUAGUUCCUGUCAUGGCCUGCAUUUUUAUUAUCACUUACUUUUGCGUGGUAUGGUCGGCUUGAGGUAUCUGUUACCUGUAUGCAUAAUUUGCAUGACGAACAUUUUUCUUAUUUCCAUGUGGAUACAUGCAUUAGUAUUGACAAAGGGCAAGCUGUAGCUAUCUUACUUGACAACUCUAGCUCAAAACCGAGAGUUUUGUUGUUUGGGAAGACAUGUGAAGGCAGAUGUAUCAUUUUAGGAAUAAUGACACCUUUUCUAAGAAAACUCCUAUCAUUGCUGAAAUAGCUAAAAUGGCCACAGGCCCACAUUUGAUGGUUAGAAUGGGAUUGGUGUAAAAUUUGGCUUAUUCAAUUAUCUUGCUAGCCUUUUCUCUACUUGUUUGUACUCUUUGUAGCAAAUUUACAGGUGUAAAUGCGUAUAUAGAUUAAAGUCUUAUGAAAAAGGCCUCCUCCCUAUUAAGCCUGCAUAUAUCUAACACCCGUAUCCUCUGAAAAAUUUAUCGGCAGUAUAUCACACAGUUAAUUAGUUAUAUGACAGGGACCUCUUCUCUGCAAUGAGCCUCGAUAAGGCUUUAAUGCUCAAUAAACCACACCUUCAAAAUAUCUGCAUAAUAUAGGAACAUCUGCAUUAGAUGGCAGAUUUAGUUAUGAUUUAAACAUGUGUAAUGUGGGAUUUAACCUAGCUGGAAGCAUUACUGACUAUUGAGUUUGAAUUAUUCAAUCUAGACUUGGUACUUUCCUCCAUUUUAACCAAGUAUGGAUGUUCUUCUUUUCACAUACUUCUCAAUGGGGAUGAGUCAUUGGUAGAGAUAGGGGGGAGAUGUAGGAGAAAUAAAAGUUAAAGUCUUUCCAACAUAACUUCAGUACUGUAAGCUAUGGAGCAGAUAAAUUGAACUCAUCUUCCUUUCCCUAAGUUAAUAUAUGUUCUUCGUAUCCAAUUGAAGGAUUAGUGUCUUCAUACAUUUUUAAGCAAAAUAACGUUGCUUUGAUAUUUUCCGGCAUAGAGACAUAAGAGUUUAUAUCAGUUACUGUCUAAAUGUCUAUCAUAUAUAGAUCAAGGUGGCUCAUUAAUGAAUUCCAUUCAAUACACAUUUAGAUUUCAUAAGAGCAGUCCCAACUGUUUUGUAUUCUGGAACUAUGUGAUUAAAAUUUCCAUUAUGUGAAGGGAAUCUGAUUAUUAUUUGUUUAUUUUUCAGGACGAAUUGUUAUGGGCCUCUUUGGAAAAACAGUCCCCAGAACUGUAGAGAAUUUUCGAGCACUAUGCACGGGAGAAAAAGGAGUUGGAAACAAUGGGAAACCUCUGCACUUUAAAGGAAGCAAGUUUCACCGGAUCAUUCCAAGUUUUAUGAUUCAGGGUGGUGAUUUCACUGUUGGUGAUGGCCGCGGUGGAGAGUCUAUAUAUGGUGAGAGAUUUGCAGAUGAGAACUUCAAACUGAAACACACUAAUCCAGGAAUUCUUUCAAUGGCAAAUGCUGGACCUGAUACCAAUGGAUCACAGUUCUUUAUUACAACUGUUAAAACAAACUGGUUGGACGGGCGGCACGUUGUGUUUGGUGAAGUGUUGUCAGGAAUGGAUAUCGUUCAUAAGAUUGAGGCGCGUGGUACACAAAAUGAGAUACCAAGAGGCAAAGUUGUCAUAUCAAAUUCCGGUGAAAUAAAAUCAUCGUCGUCUUGAGUACAGAAGGCGUUGCACAUCUUCACUCAGUAGCCCUUGGAAGCUGGCACCAGUGAGAUACAGCAGACUUUUGAUAUUUCUUGGACAAACAUAUACUAGCAUCUUGUACGAUGUUGACAUAAUUGUAAUCCCAGCAUAAUAUGCCACUAUGCCACUUACUAUCAAUAUCUUCUUUUUGCUGAAUUGCAACAUCCUGCACUUUCAAUGCAUUCUUCUAUAUUCUGAAAGCUAUGCGGGAGAUCAUGUAAUUGCAUAAAUACAUAAUUAUUG